GUGGGGGCAGCAGGAUGCUGGUGGAAGCAGAGGGGGCCGGCCGGGUGCCUCCGCAGCUCGGCUGGCAGGGCCCGGCGGGGCGUGUGCUGCGGCUGGUGCUAAGCCCCCGGCCCCACCCCUCCCCAUGCAGCCCUGGCAGUGCCUCCGGCGCUUUGCCCUGGCCUGGUGGGAGAGGACAGCGGAGGGCAGCGCCCGAUCUCCCAGGGAGGAGGCUGGACCGAGGGAGCCCGGGGGCCGAGGGGAGCCAGGGCUCCAGCGUGCAGCGGGAGGGAAGGCUCCAGGACUCUGUUCCCUCUGUUUAAAGUCUCCAGAUCCGGAGCGGAGCAGCCCCCCCAUGCUGUCUGCGGACGAUGCGGAGUACCCACGGGAGUACCGGACCCUGGGGGGCGGGGGCGGCGCGGGCGGCGGGGGCCGGCGCUUCUCCAACGUGGGGCUGGUGCACACGUCGGAGCGCAGGCACACGGUGAUCGCCGCCCAGAGCCUGGAGGCGCUCAGCGGGCUCCAGAAGGCGGACGCCGACCGCAAGCGCGAUGCCUUCAUGGACCACCUGAAGAACAAGUACCCCCAGCACGCCCUGGCCCUGCGGGGCCAGCAGGACAGGAUGCGUGAGCAGGUUGGCGGCUGGACCGUGGACCCCGUGUGCCUCCUCAGCUCCCUCUGCUCCCACCUCCAUGGCGACUCCGCCCCGUCCGGGGCUGGCCAGCCGGCCCAGCUACAAAACCUGGAGUCGCUGCGCGCGCUGCUGAAAGGCACAGAGGCGGAGCUGAGCAUGCGCGUGUCGGAGGCGGCGCGGCGGCAGGAGGACCCGCUGCAGCGGCAGCGCACCCUGGUGGAGGAGGAGCGGCUGCGCUAUCUCAACGACGAGGAGCUCAUUACCCAGCAGCUCAAUGACCUGGAGAAGUCGGUGGAGAAGAUCCAGCGGGAUGUGUCGCACAACCACCGCCUGGUGCCGGGGCCGGAGCUGGAGGAGAAGGCCCUGGUGCUGAAGCAGCUCGGGGAGACGCUGACCGAGCUCAAGGCUCACUUCCCAGGCCUGCAGAGCAAGAUGCGGGUAGUGCUGCGUGUGGAGGUGGAGGCCGUGAAGUUCCUGAAGGAGGAGCCACAGCGCCUGGACGGGCUGCUCAAACGCUGCCGUGGGGUCACAGACAUGCUGGCCCAGAUCCGAAGGCAAGUGGACGAGGGUGUGUGGCCACCCCCCAACAACCUCCUGAAUCAGUCCCCCAAGAAGGUGACGGCUGAGACAGACUUCAACAAGAGCUUGGACUUCGAAAUGCCACCCCCCAGCCCUCCACUGAACCUCCACGAGCUGAGCAGGCCGGCCGAGGGAGCCCCUCCUACUCCCAAGGGGGGCAACCCCACCAAAGGCCUGGAUGCUGCUGGCAAGAGAAGCGUGGACAAGGCUGUGUCUGUUGAGGCUGCCGAGCGAGACUGGGAGGAGAAGCGGGCAGCCCUGACCCAGUACAGCGCCAAGGACAUCAACCGGCUGCUGGAGGAGACACAGGCAGAGCUGCUGAAGGCCAUCCCUGACCUGGACUGUGCGAGCAAGGCCCACCCAGGCCUGGCCCCCACCCCUGACCACAAGCCCCCCAAGGUCCCCCACGGCCAGAAGGCAGCCCCGCGAACCGAGCCCAGUGGGAGGAGGGGCUCAGACGAGCUGACAGUGCCUCGGUACCGCACGGAGAAGCCCUCCAAGUCGCCCCCGCCGCCCCCGCCCCGCCGGAGCUUCCCCUCCUCCCACGGCCUCACCACCACGCGCACGGGAGAGGUGGUGGUCACCAGCAAGAAGGAUUCAGCCUUCAUCAAGAAGGCCGAGUCCGAGGAGCUGGAGGUGCAGAAGCCCCAAGUGAAGCUGCGCCGGACCGUGUCCGAGGUGGCCCGCCCAGCCUCCACACCGCCCAUCAUGGCCUCUGCCAUCAAAGAUGAGGACGAUGAGGACCGCAUCAUCGCCGAGCUAGAGAGUGGUGGUGGCAGCGUGCCACCCAUGAAGGUGGUGACUCCAGGGGCCUCUCGGCUGAAGGCGGUGCAGAGCCAGGCGGGAAGCCCCGACAAAAGCAAGCACGGCAAGCAGAGGGCGGAGUACAUGAGGAUCCAGGCCCAGCAGCAGGCCACUAAACCAUCUAAAGAGAUGAGCGGGUCAAAUGAGACCUCGAGCCCAGUCUCAGAAAAGCCCUCGGCUUCCAGAACCUCUAUCCCUGUAUUGACUUCCUUUGGGGCGAGGAAUUCUUCCAUCUCCUUCUAGAAGCCCCUUCCCACCUCCAUUUCAGCCUGUUCCCCCUCCUGACCCCUGCCAUUUCUCUUCCUGCUCUUCUUCCCUUCAUCUCUACCCCACCCCCACCCUAGUCUCUGGCUUGCCACAGGUGUGGCCCUCCUCAGCUCUCUACACCCAUCCCCUGUUGGUGUUUUUGGUUUUUUAAAUUGAUUCACUUUUAAUUAUCUUUUUUUUUUUAAAGCAGAACAGUAAAACUAAAAACCAAAACACCACCUUCUCUUGAUUUCCUGUUCCAAAAUGGCCCACCUCCUGUCAUCCUCCCUCCCUUUUCUCUUUACCCACGCUUCCUCCCACGUCCAUCCUAAAGCCCCUGCACCCUACGCUCCCUUCCUGAGAGCACUCCAAACAAACUCUGAGCCACGGAGACUUGGAGCGGCGAGACACCCCCCUCCCCGUCCUCGGAAACCUUCCUGGAGGAAACUCUUGGACGUUGGAACAACCCCACUAUCAGGCUGGCAGGGAGACUCUGGCCCUGGAGGUGCCCCAGCUGCCCAACUUCGCUGUGACCGAACUCUGCUGCUCCACUCCCUUCCGCUCAUGCUCCUGUGGGCCUGGAGUCAAGAUGGAUGGGCUGGGCAGGGAGGCAGGGUUGGGGGGGGCCUGGGGGCGGGUGUGAGGCCUUUGAAUCUGUGUGUCCUGGAGAGGAGUUGGCUUCCUGGGACUCCCUUCUUGUGGUGAGGAACCACCUAGCCUGUGCCGAGCGAGGAGCGGGCCCUUCUGGGUAGUGGGUUGUGGGCAGCCUGUUGAACAGCCAGCCUGACCCUGGGGUCACUGCCCCAGAAGAGGGCAGCCCCGAGGAGGGCUAUUUGGUACUUUUGGUUUCCUAAUUUAGCACUUUACAUGACAUUAACUUAUUUAAUGGGGGUGGGCAAGAAUGAAGGGCCUAGAAAACUAGAUUUGGGGGCGUGGAGGGUGGGAAGGGUCUUGUGGUGAGGGAAGUGGGGGGAAUAGAGAGGGGCUGAUGGGGGGGCAGUGAGGACAGCUCUGACUCAAAGGUCAAGCGACUUGACGUUUAACCAUCCUCUUUGAGAUUUGAGGGUUUGCAGGGAAGGGUGAGAUGAUUUUUAAAUGGGGAGCUGGUGACCCCAGGUGAAAUCUUUGAGGGCCCCUGAGGCCUGACCAGCCAGCCCGUGCCCCUAGACCCAACCUGUGGAUGCCUGCCUUGCAGAGGCUGGGGCAACGAGGCUUUUGACCAGGUCCUGAGAAGGGGAGGAAGACCAGUUUUGGUGCUUAGCCCCGGGUCCCCCAGAGGGCACAGUGAGAGGCUGGUGGGGAGGGGGGGGCGGGGUGGUAUGUGGGUGGGGGAUGAGGAGGCAGAUAGGGUAGGGCCCCUGGGGAGCAGGAUUCCUAUUUGGAGCACAAAGUGGGGUAAGCACAGGGGAGGGUUUGGGAGUAGUCUCCCUGAGUAAGCACAGAAAGAAGGAGCCAUUGAAGGGGCAGAACCUCCUAGUCCCUGGGGCCUGGCUGGAAGGUCAGUGUUUGGGGAGAGCCAGGGGAGCUGUUGAGGGUUGGGGAGGGAAGGGAGACUGGGGUUGUGUUUCUUCAUUUCUUUCUUUUUGCUUUGUUUUGUUUUUGUUGGUUCAUCCUUGUUUUCUAGCUUUGGAUCAUUUUUGUACAAAGGCAAGCAGGCCUUUUUGAAAAAUAACAAAAGAAGAGAAAAAAAAAAUCCCUCCUGAAAAAAAAAAAAACCCUUGGAAAA